GUUUGGGAAGCAUCAGGGCUGAUAUAUGAAGGUCAAUAUGAGCAGGUGGUUGACACAUCUGCACCAAUGGAUUCCAUCCCUCGCUGGUUCGACGGCACCUACCUGAACUUUGCAGAAAACACACUCUUUUCCGCCUCAAAGGACUCGCCUUCAGUCCGGACCACACUGCAUAAGGAAGACUCCAAGGUCGCCCUGACCGAGAUACGUGAGGGCAACACCGAAGUCCGUCACAUGACGUUUGGAGAAGUACGCCGCCGAGUAGGCAUACUCGCCAAUGCACUGCGAGCAAGAGGUCUCAAGAAAGGCGACCGUGUUGCACUGGUUGCGUCGACGAGCUUCGACACCUUCAUAUGCUACAUGGCGACCGUGAGCAUCGGUGGAUUGUUCUCGAGCUCAAGCACGGAUAUGGGCACCAAGGGGAUACUCGAACGAAUGAUCCAGAUCAAGCCGGCCUACAUUUUCGUAGACGACUGGGCGGUAUACAAUGGGAAGACUACAGAUCUUCGACCAAAGAUCACGGAGAUUGUCCUCGGGAUGAAGUCUGUUUCCGAGUUCAAGGGCGUCGUAGUGCAGCCGCGUUUUCCAGGGAAACCUGCAGAUAUCGAAGACGUACCGAAGGCUAUCACUCUGGAUGGAUUUGUGAAAGCGGCGAAUGGGAAUGAAGAGUUGAAGUUCGAGAGAGUCGCUUUCAGGGACCCUUUCUUGAUUGUGUAUUCUAGCGGCACUACUGGGGUUCCUAAGUGCAUCACCCACUCAACAGGAGGAGUGCUUGUGAGUGCUAUGAAAGAAGGACUGCUCCAUCGCGAGAUGACGCCCGACAACGUGGUCCUUCAGUAUACAACAACCGGUUGGAUCAUGUAUCUAGUGAGCGUGCAAUCCGCCCUCUACGGCUCCCGAUCAGUCCUCUACGACGGCUCCCCCUUCAUCCCCAACCCAACCACCUUCCUCACCAUCCUCGCCGAACAGCGCGUAACAGACUUCGGUACCUCCCCCCGAUUCCUCCACGAACUCCAAAAAGCCUCCAUCUCCCCACGCUCCAUCCUCGACCUCUCCGCCCUCCGAGCCGUCCAAACAACCGGAAUGGUCCUCUCCGACUCCCUCUUCGAAUGGUUCUACGACGUCGGCUUCCCCUCACACGUCCACCUACGCAACAUCUCCGGCGGCACCGACCUCGCCGGCUGCUUCGGCAUCGAGAACCCCCUCGAGCCCGUCCACGUCGGCGGCUGCCAGGGCCCCGUCCUGGGCACCAAGGUCGAAGUCUACGACUCCACCAUCGAAUCCGGACCCGGACGCGCAGUCCCCGACGGCGAACCCGGUGAGCUCGUGGCCACGGCUUCGUUCCCCAACCAGCCCGUCCUCUUCUGGGGCGACGAGUCCGGUGAGAAGUACCACAACGCGUACUACGCUCGCUACCCGAACGUGUGGACGCACGGAGACUUCAUACAGUAUCAUCCCGUCACGGGGCAGAUUCUGUUCCUGGGCCGUGCGGAUGGAGUGCUGAAUCCGAGUGGGGUGAGGUUUGGAAGUAGUGAUAUCUACUCGGUUAUUGAGACGCAUUUCCCGGAGGUGCAGGAAAGUGUCUGCGUGGGGCAGAGACGGCCGCAUGAUAGCGACGAGAGCGUGAUUUUGUUCUUGUUGAUGCGGGAGGGGAAGGCGUAUACGCAGAAUCUUGUGGAGAGGAUUAAGAGGAAGAUUGGCGAGGAGAGGAGUAAACGACAUAUCCCGAGAUAUGUCUUUCAGACAUGGGACAUACCGACUACAGUGAAUCUGAAGAAGGUAGAAUUGCCAGUCAAGCAGAUUGUCUCUGGGAGAAUCAUCAAGCCUAGCGGGACAUUGGCGAAUCCAGAAAGCCUGCAGUUCUACUACCAGUUUGCGAAGGUCGAGGAAGUGGUAGAGAGGCUGGAGAGGGAGAAAGCGGCAAAAGUCAACAGCAAACUAUAGACUUGGAUCAUUGGGACUUAGAACAUGUAGAGACGCGGCG